UCUGCCAGCACGGUCGUCAGCGCUCUAAGUGCAAGGAGUGCGGCGGGUCCGGAAUCUGCGAGCACGGUCGAAUACGCUCUACAUGCAAGGAGUGCGGCGGGUCUGGAAUCUGCGAGCACAGUCGUGAGCGCUCACAGUGCAAGGAGUGCGGCGGGGCUUCAAUCUGCGAGCACGGUCGUCGCCGCUCACAGUGCAAGGAGUGCGGCGGGGGAUCAAUAUGCGCGCACGGUCGUAUGCGCUCUACGUGCAAAGAGUGCGGUGGGUCUCGAAUCUGCGAGCACGGUCGUAUACGCUCUAGCUGCAAGGAGUGCGGCGGUGCAUCAAUCUGCGAGCACGAUCGUAUGCGCUCUACGUGCAAAGAGUGCGGCGGGGGAUCAAUAUGCGCGCACGGUCGUAUGCGCUCUACGUGCAAAGAGUGCGGCGGGGGAUCAAUAUGCGCGCACGGUCGUGUACGCUCUAAGUGCAAGGAGUGCGGCGGGUCUCAAAUCUGCGAGCACGGCCGUCAGCGCUCUAAGUGUAAGGAGUGCGGUGGGGGCUCAAUCUGCGAGCACGGUCGUAUGCGCUCUACGUGCAAAGAGUGCGGCGGGGGAUCAAUAUGCGCGCACGGUCGUAUGCGCUCUACGUGCAAAGAGUGCGGCGGGGGAUCAAUAUGCGCGCACGGUCGUGUACGCUCUAAGUGCAAGGAGUGCGGCGGGUCUCAAAUCUGCGAGCACGGCCGUCAGCGCUCUGAGUGUAAGGAGUGCGGUGGGGGCUCAAUCUGCGAGCACGGUCGUGUACGCUCUAAGUGCAAGGAGUGCGGUGGGGGCUCAAUCUGCGAGCACGGUCGUGUACGCUCUAAGUGCAAGGAGUGCGGUGGGGGCUCAUUCUGCGAGCACGGUCGUGAGCGCAGAUACUGUAAGGAGUGCGGUGGGUCUGGAAUCUGCGAGCACGGUCGUGUACGCUCUAAGUGCAAGGAGUGCGCCCAGCGCCGCGAGCGCGAGUAGUCAACAGUUGUAUCGACAUUUAUCCUGA